GAGCGGCGCGAGGCCGGCGGCGGCUUCCGGUGGGAGCCGGGACCGAACUGGGUCUGUGCCGGUGCUGGCCCCUCUCCGGUGCUGUCUCGGUGAACUCCCGGGGCAUUCCCGGUGCUGCCCCCCGGCCAUGCCGCUGCCCGUGGCUCUCCAGUCCCGCCUGGCCAAGCGGGGGCUGCUCAAACACGUGGAACCCGAGCCCGAGGAGGAGAUCAUCGCUGAGGAUUACGAUGACGCCCACGUGGAUUACGAAGCCUCACGGCUCGAGGGGCUGAUGCCGCCCUGGUACAAAGUGAUCGACCCCACCUGUGGGCUGCCCUAUUACUGGAACGUGGACACGGACCUGGUGUCGUGGCUGUCCCCGAGCGACCCCAACUCCGUCAUCACCAAACCCGCGCGGAGAGCGCGGGGCAGCGCAGAGGCCGAGGAGCCCCCCGAGAAGGAGGAGGCGCCGCGGGAGCGCCGGGGGCACCGGCGGGAGGAGCUGGCCCCGUACCCCAAGGGCAAGAAAGGCGGCCGCAAGGACGAGGAGCUGGACCCGAUGGACCCCAGCGCCUACUCGGACGCGCCCCGGGGGACGUGGUCCACGGGGCUGCCCAAGCGCAACGAGGCCAAGACGGGCGCGGACACGACGGCGGCCGGGCCCCUGUUCCAGCAGCGGCCGUACCCCAGCCCCGGCGCCGUCCUGCGCGCCAACGCCGAGGCCUCGCGCGGAAAGGACUGAGCUGGGGACCCCGAAAUGGGCACCCCAAAAUGGGGCACCCCAAAAUGGGCACCCCAAAACCCCCAUCAUCCCACCCAGGAAUGGGGCACCCCAAAACGGGGCACCCCAAAACCCCCAUGAUCCCACCCAGGAGCACCCAACUGAUGCACGCCAACGCCGAGGCCUCGCGCGGAAAGGACUGAAAGGGGAACCCCAAAAUGGGCACCCCCCAAAUCCCUCACCAGCCCACCCAGGAAUGGGGCACCCCAAAACCCCCAUGAUUCCACCCAGGAUCACCCAAUUAAAGCACGCCAACGCCGAGGCCUCGCGCGGAAAGGACUGAAAGGGGAACCCCAAAAUGGGCACCCCAAAAUGGGCACCCCAAAACCCUCACCACACCACCCAGGAAUGGGGCACCCCAAAAUGGGCACCCCAAAACCCCCAUGAUCCCACCCAGGGUCACCCAACUGCUGAGCGCCAACGCCGAGGCCUCGCGCGGAAAGGACUGAGCUGGGGACCCCAAAAUGGGCACCCCAAAAUGGGGCACCCCAAAAUGGGGCACCCCAAAACCCCCAUGAUCCCACCCAGGAUCACCCAAUUAAAGCACGCCAACACCAAGGCCUCGCGCGGAAAGGACUGAGCUGGGAACCCCAAAAUGGGCACCCCAAAAUGGGCACCCCAAAAUGGGGCACCCCAAAACCCUCCCCAGACCACCCAGGAAUGGGGCACCCCAAAACCCCCAUGAUCCCACCCAGGAAUGGGGCACCCCAAAACCCCCAUGAUCCCACCCAGGAUCUCCCAACUGCUGAGCGCCAACGCCGAGGCCUCGCGCAGAAUGGACUGAGCUGGGAACCCCAAAAUGGGCACCCCGAAACUGGGGACACCCCAAAACCAUCCCUGUUCCCUCCAGGAACCCCCAAAGCUCUGGACACCCGGAAAUGGGGACACCCUGAAACUGGGGACACCCCAAAAUGGGGACACCCCAAAACUCGGGACACCCCAAAACCAUCCCUGUUCCCUCCAGGAACCCCCAAAGCUCUGGACGCCCCAAAAUGGGGACACCCCAAAACCCUCGCCACUCCCCCCAGGAAGCCCCAGCGUUGGUUGCUGCGCAGCGAGGAUUGACACGGGAACCCCAAAAUGGGCACCCCAAAAACUGGGAGACCCUCCAACCCUCACCAGCCCCUCCGGGAACCCCCAAAGCUCUGGGGACACCCCAAAACCGGGGCACCCCAAAACCCUCAUCAUCCCAGCCAGAAAACCCCAGAGCUUUGGGCAUCCCAAAACUGGGGCACCCCAAAACCGGGGAGACCCCCAAAACCCCACCCAGGAACCCCCAAAGCCCCAGGCACCCCAAAAUGGGGCACCCCGGAACUGGGGACACCCCCAAAGCUCUGGGAAUGCUCUUUGCCCCCAGCCUGGGUGAACCCUUCAAACCCCAGAGUUCAGGGGUUCCCCCAGGACCCCCAAACCCCAGGGGUUUUGGGGGGUUUUCAACCCCACAAGGGAUCCCCCAAAUCCCCCAGAGCACCCCCAAAGCCUCAGGGGGUCCCCCAGGAACCCCCAAUGCACCCGGGGUCCCCCCAAGCUCAGGAGGAUCCCCUCAAACCCCAGGACCCCCUCCCCCAGUGCAUUGGGGUUGCCCCAAAUCCCCCAGGACCCCCAAAACCCAGGGGGAUCCCCCCAAAUCCUACCCCAAACCACCCCCAACAUCCCCCCCAAACCCGGGGUUCCCCAAAAUCCCC